CCCGCCUAUCUAUCGUUCACGCCGCAGUGGGGCGGUAACUACGGCAUGUACGGCUGCCUCAUCAAACAUAUCACCCCCGCCAUUCGCACCGUCUGCAUCCGGGAUACCGGCGCGCAUGUGUGCACCCACUGGACGAUGCGGGAGACCGAGGAAGCGGUGAACCUGUUGAAUAUCUUUCUCGGCGUCGCCGGCAUCCGGCUGGACCUUUUAAUCCUGUCGCGGCGCUCCAUCGAACUCAUGGAGGCCAGCAUCGGCAAUCCGUGGACACUGAGCGCGCUGUGCACCGACGUGACCACGAUGCUGGACAAGCUGGCGUCCGGUUACCAGCGUUUGAUUCUGGAUAAGUUUGCCUUGGAAGUGUUGAACAAGAGAGGCCAGCCGUUGAUCGAGUUCCGCAUUCCCGCCGUCGUUGUCAUGGCGGGCCAGGUCGACGCGAUGGACGUGGUCAAGUUGCUGGAGCAGCAUCUGCACUGCGAGGGACUGCCGUUGGAUGUGCACUGCAUGGCCCAGGCAUUUGCCACGCGGAUCGACAGUGAAAGGAAAGCCAGGAAAGUGAUGGAGAUUCUACGGGAUUAUCAAGCCGGUGACCCGCGUCCUUCAGCGUGUUACCGAAAUCACGUGUGGACACUGGGCAAUGUGGCCGGCGUGAACGUGGACCAGCUGAACCGUUUCUGCCUGUCCGCCUUAUGGCGCUUCAUGCAGAACUGGGGUCCAGAAUCCGCCCAGGACGACAUCGCUCAACUAUACCAUUCGAUGAUGCCCAGCAAUGAACCUAACGGCAACGAAUCAAGCAACUGUCAGUCCGAGGACGUCGUCGAGGAGUAGAAAGUGGAAGAAAUGGUGAAGAUUGCUGAUGCGUUUACUAAGUACCAUCAAGAGCAGAACAGUAAUCGCAUCAAUAGCGACUAAAUACAGUAAUACAAAUACACGGCCACGGGUUAGGCCAAACGCCAUUUACUACGGCGGUACGCCACUGAUUUUACCCUUUACAUGCAUUUGGCAGACUGAUGCACGCCAAAUACCGAUCUAAAUUACAAAGGGCUUUCCAAAAGUUUUUUUCCCUAUUUUACCUGUUUGCCAUUCUAGCUGAUACGCAAGCGGUGUAUUUUUUGUUACAUACCUUAUUUUCCAGGCUAUUGAAUAC